AUGUUGAUUCAUUUGCCACCGCCACAAAUAGUUAUUAUUUUGAUACCACUAAAAUAUGUUAACAUUGGCCACUUGACAUUAUUAGAGCAUUCUCCAUUAUGGACAAUAGUAACCACACCAAAAACAACCACAAUCCCAGCCAGCUUCAUCAAUGACUCUAAAUCGUCGCAAGAAUCUGCACUUACCAUUAGAAAUUAUAUCAUGCAUCGGUAUUUUAUCAAUCAAGCGGAAGCAAUGGCAAUGAUGUGGAACUAUAAGUUCAUGCACUGCGUAAAUGGGAAAUGUGGAUGCAAAUGCGACAAAGUUGCUGUUAGGGCUUCUCAAUAUCAAACUCAAUCAAAUCACCAAUGGCCAUUUUCCUGGAACGCAUUGUGUAACCUCGCUCAAUUUACUUGCCAAAAAGAAUCGUUUCUACAAAUAAGUGAACUGGUUCAACCGCUACAUGAUGCAGCUCAUCAACAUCUAGAUACUCGGCCUACAAUCCCUAUACCACAAAAACCACAAACUGCUUCAAUUUGUCCUCUUGAAAAAUACCAAAUGGAACUCUUAUCAUGUUUAGCUUACUAUGGCGGUGAUAUUUCCUCAGUCUAUAACUUGACUCUUUGCAUGGCAGUACAAUAUGGCCAUUUAAAUUUAGUAGCUUUAGUAUUACUUCUAGGAGCAAAUCCAGAAGCACGGAUUGGACGCCAUAGACUUUCGACAGCCCGAAUAUCUCCAUACAAGAGUGCUUUGGCAUUAAAAGAAGCGACAUACAAACUAAACCUGUUUUUUGAAUCAAAGCAAAUGCUACCACAUUAUAAUCUUCGCCAAAAACAAUUCAGCCGAUAUCGGCACAAUCAGUAUUUUCGAGAUUCAGGAUCGGCACCACCAAGUUUAAAUCCCCAAAAUUCUCAACACAUUGUACCUUAUCAUUUUAUUCUUGCCGAACAAUCGCAUAUCAAUAUUGCUGUGAUUGGGAACACAUUCGAUUGGAAUACAACCACUACACAUGCUUUAAACAACUCAAAUCAAAACCACGAAACAAGUCAAAACCUGGACUCGCUUGUCUCGGAAAACGAUGCAAAUUCUUUUCGAGCAUUCACCACUGUUCCAGAUGAAGUAAAUCUUGAAAAUCCCAAUGCAUUGUUUCGAGUCGGUGUAGCAAGCCUGUUUCCAGACGAUAGCUGGGAGUACGAUGCGGAUAUUUUAAGAUCUAUUUUUUAUCAAGCUGUUUUUUCCCAUCAUAUGCCGCUUAUUCGAAUUCUUCUUGGACUAGAUACGACAACCUUGGAUGAAACCCGUCAAAGAUUACAAUCACAAAACUCAUGGUUCAAUACGAAAAUCAAACGAGGCAAAGUGUCUUAUAAAACAUUGUCAGCUGCAUUGUCGUGUGCGCUUGCCCAAAAUCAUAUUGAUAUUGCUAAUAUUCUUAUUAAAGAAGCUGGGGUAUCAGCUUCAAUUGAAAUGGUGCAAAGCAUCAUUACACGUGCAGGUAUCUGGCGUGUAUGUCUUGGUAAUCGAUCACGCUUUGCAAAUCAUCUUAAGCUAUGUAUUCAAAGUCUAAAUGAGACGGAUUUCCAACGUACCGCAGCACAUAUGCUGAAAUCCAGUAUUGAACUGGGUGUUCCAGGUGCAGCAGAGGCUAUUAUUUCCCGAUGUGUAAAGAACGAGGAGAUGCAUCGAUUGACAUAUCCGUUCACGUCAACACCUGGUGUGUCUGUAUCGUCUCUGGAGCAAACUUCUGCCGAUUUGAUUAAUGCUUGGAAUGGACUACCACUCUAUGCAUCGGUGUAUAGCGGCAACCCUGAAGCUACAGCAUACCUACUAUCCUUGCCAAGCAUCAGGGUAUCUACUUUUACUGUAAAGAGAUUACGGCAUUGCUUAUGGGUCUUGGGAAUUGAGAUGUUUGUAUUUGUGCUUUUUAUGGUGCUGGUAUGCAUGCUCGGGUACUGGAUAGGCAUUACAUUGCAGGCUGGGGAUGAUUCGAUUGCAAUGAAUCGGCAAGGAUCGUCACUUGCUCAGCUGGGUGGAAUGGCGUUGGUUAGCUUGCUAGCAAUAUUUAUCAUGUAUCGAUUUGUGCCCUUUCAUCGUAUUGUUAAAGCGCUACUAUUGAUUUACCAUUUUCAAAAGAAUUAUGACGGUGCCGAGGUUAACCAUAACGUACCCUAA